AGUUAAUAUAAUAUGAAUGAAUUGCAUAAUUGUUUUGAAGCCCCACAAAGUCCUGUUCAUUCGCGACGAUUCCUAUUCGGUAAACAGAAUCGGAUGUGUUCUGUAGAUCUUCCCGACACUAAUGAAAAGUCCAGCGCAUCUCCGUCUCCCUGUCCAUCACCGAAACCACAAAGACUUUUACCAACAAAUAUAUUCGUAGUCCUCUAUAACUUCCGGAGCAGACAUCAGGACGAACUCGAUCUCAAAGCGGGAUAUUCAGUGACAGUAGUGGACACGUCUGACCCGGACUGGUGGCAGGGAAAGUGUUUGGGCAGAAAGGGUUACUUUCCAUCCAAUUAUGUAACCAAACUGUUUCCGGGAGAGAAACCAUUGCAAGUCUGCCAUACAAUACAAGUGAAUGACGGAGAGAUUGGCAUAAAACUACUGCGCGAACAGAUUGUGAUUCAAGUGGUGGAAGAAGUGGACGGCAUUAUAAUGAUCCGAACGGGUAUUAAUGACAAAAUAGUACCAUGUCCCAUUAAGUAUCUACAGGACAUUUAAUUCUACCUUCAAUUCAAUAUUUUUGUUAUACUUUAUGAUUGUCUGAAUCGCCUUUUUUGAUAAAAAGCCUUACACUUUGAGCUCAUUUAUACAAAUUCUCAUCAAAUUAUAUAUUAUAUGAUAUAAAUAAAUAUAAAUUAUAAGUAAAGUCAUUACAAGAGAACAUUUCCAGAG